AUGUCUGGAACUGAUCAGUCUCACGCUACCGGUGCCUCCAAGGUCCCAGAAUCGGUUCAGCAAAACGCUCCCAAGGAGGUUGAGAACGCUCUCCCCAACCAGGUCCACAACACUGGCUCCCAAAGCCAGUCUCACGCCACUGGGCCCUCCAUGGUCCCCGAGGCCAUCCAGAACCUUGCUCCCAAGGGUCUUGAAGAGGCUCUACCUGAGAGUGUGCAUCCUACUAACCCCAAGUAA